GUGUGUGUGUGUGUGUGUGUUAGAGAGAGGGAGAGUUGUUGGUGAGAGAGUAAAGAGUUGACAGAGAGGUGAAUUAUUCAGACAGAGAGAGCUCUGACACAUACAGACACAGAUAGAGCGACAGAUUUGUGAUCUGAGAUGUGCAGAAGUGUGUAUUUGCUAGUGCUGAUGUUCACCAUCUUCAGCAGCAGUCUGAUCUCUUCAUCAGCUGUGACUCAGACUGUUAUCCCAGGAGAAAACAUCACACUGCACUGCAACAUCUCCCAAAGCACUGAGAUGGUCUGGUUCUGCUCCACCACCCAGGAGCUCACCAUUAUCAUAUCAGCCACCAAAGGAAACCUCAAGAAAGAGCUACAAGUGAAUUACAACAAAGAUCCUCAUCGCUUCAAGGUGCUUCUUCAAAAUACCAAUUCGGGACAGGUCUCUCUGGGUCUGAUCAUCAUGGACAUCAGACAGUCUGAUAUCGGCCUGUAUUACUGUGGUGCCAGGCAGGAGGGCUUUUUUGACUUUGCGAGAGGUAUCCAUCUGCAGUUUACAGAUGCAGUGAGGUACACGUCAGGGACUGCGCAGUGCUGGACGCCUCUCAUUGCUGUCUGUUGUUCUAUCGCUCUCGUGAUCACACUCUGUCUCAGUGUCGCAUACAAACGAGGCCUUCGUUCAUCCUGCUGCAGGAAGUGUGUGAAUGAUAAUGACUUAAAGGACGCAGAUUUGCAUUAUGCAAGUCUCAGACACAAUGCAACAUCUCGGGAAAGAAACCUUCCACCAGCUAACCGCGACGUGACAUAUGACAGAGUCGCCAAAAACAUCAACAAUAAUCUUAAUUAAGAUAAAUAUCGGCUUUACUACUUAAGUGUGUGUGUGUGUGUGUGUGUGUGUGUGUGUGUGCGCAUGUGUGUGUGCGCAUGUGUGUGUGUGUGAGACAGAAGAACAAGACCAAUACUAUAUUUCUUACUAUAUUUCUCAGUAAAUACAAUUUUGUCUUUUUCAGUAUUAAUUUAUUACACUUUGCUUAUUUGCAUAUCAUUUGCAUAUUCUUAUUGUAGCUUAAACACAAUCAUAUAUGUAGCUUAUUAUCAUUAUAUAUAUACAGAUAGAGUUUAUUAAAGGUCAUGUUUAUAAAGUAGUGAUUUGUUGUGGUGUUUAAACAGUGUGAUAAAUUUUAAAUCAUGCUCAUGAAUAUUUAAUCAGCUUUAAGUGAAUAAAUAAAGAGCUUUGUGUUUA